AUUUGAUUAAAAAAAAGGAGGGAACUUGGCAAUUGUUAUCAAGGAGAACCAAUGAGAAAAAACGAAUUUUCCCUGUAGUUAAAGCAUAAAAUUUAACACAUUUUAAGCCAAUAAACAAUGUAAUGUCAUAGGAAUGACCAAAAGAUAUAUGUUUAAUGAGCAGGCCUAAAAAGGUUGGUUGGUUGGUUUCAGCGGAGCUAUCCAUGUUGUCCUUUCACUUUAUCCUGCAUUUAAUGGUGAAUUAUCUCGUUUAUAUGAGUGGGACACCAAAAUCAGACAGUUAAAUACUCCUGCGGUCUGGUCCGCGGAUAAUUCACGGUUUUCGUUUGUCGUUGGAAGAAAAGGAGGGAAAGAAGAAAAUGGCGCAGCAGCUAACACAGAGUCCGGCUAGAAGCAUCCAGGCGAACGCCAAGGAGUCAGGGCCUGCAAUGAAAUGAAGGACAAUGAGGAAGAUGAUGUUGGAGAUGAAGAAUUGGACCGCCGACACGAAUACUGUAAGGUAAGUGGUGUGCUGAUAAUCAGUUGCAACUGCAAUAUGCGUAACCAUUAUCUCAGGCUAGUAUAGUUACAGAUACCAGGUAGCCGCUAGCUUGAAGAGCUCAUGUUUCGUGUAGGAGAGAGUGGGGUAAGUUGAGCCAAAGGUUAAGUUGAGUCACCCCUGUUGCUUGGAAAUGGUCAAAGAAAUUGAUCAUGUGACCAAAUAUUUAGGAGAUAGGCAUCAAUUCAUGGAGUCUGUGUAGGUUAGAAGCACAUGGGUGAAGGGGUUUGACAUUUAUAAAAAAAAAAAAAAAACAUUUUUCACUCUUGGAAGGGAAUUUAGUCCGUCAUAAGUUUUAUAAGAAUUGUGUUCAGACCAAAAAAGAUCAGUUUAAAUUUGUUUUAUACAUCAGUGGUGGUAUUUCUGAGCUACAACAUGAGGCCAAAACCUAGCAUAAAAGUCCACCAUUUUAGCUAAGAGGACUAAUGAAGUCAUCAUAGUAGUUCUGGGGUAAGUUGAUCCAAUGUCUCAACUGAGAAAGUAAAGACGUCUGAUGAGAGGAUCAGAGCUUCAGUUCAGAUUGUUGAACUGUGUUACUUUUUCUUUUCAAAAAUACAGCCGUGAAUGUUCUGAAUCACUAAAAGGCAUUCUCAUGUUAAAAUGGCUUUUUACAAAACAGCUUUUUAGCAGUUAUAUGCAAUGAUUAUAAAAAGAAUCAUUGUACCAGUUAAUUAGCGUAUAAUAGAUAAAAAUAGACAUGAAUGUGAAGAAGUGACUGUUUUUUAGGGAGAGAGAAGGUGAGGAAGGCCUGGGGUGGGGGGUUAGUAGGGAUACGGCUCAACUUACCACGCUUAUGGUCAACUUACCCCAUACACAGGGUAAAUUGACCAUAGGAGACCACUUUUUUUUUGGCAUGCUAUAUUAUCAAGACAGUUAUGUUUACACUUAUUCUAUUGGUUUGCAGGGAUGUACAACAUCCUGAAGUAUAUGCAGAUACACUAGUUAGAGGCAAAACUAUGAUUGCCUUGAUGUAGUGAUCUGAAAUAUGAAAAAUGGCUCAUCUUAUCCCACUCUCUCCUAUAGCCCUAACAUAGAUAAGUUUGGCAUAUCUUCUUUAUUUAAGAUGCGUGUUUGGCAUGUCUUUGUUCAUAGCCCCAUAACCCAAAUAACACAAGUACUGAAUUAAUCCACUGUUUUGUAUUGAUUAAUUUAACAGACAGAGCUGUCUAACAAGUAAUUAUUACCAUGCUUCAUAAAACAUGCUGCCAACAGCUUGUAGGCUUUUGGUUUCACUGCCUGUAAUGAAGGUUACUGUGACAAUAAUAGUGAAAAAAGUGUAUGUCCUAUAUGCAGGGUAACAGGCUAAUCUUAAUCUUGGUGGCAAUAUAAAUCAGCAGGUCUCGUAUUAAGAUUUAAAAUAGUGAUUUUGAUAAUUGGGGUAGGAAUUAUAAUCUCCAUUAUAAUAUUGAAAGUCAAACUGUUCGACAGCAGUGAUAAUGGUGAGUCAAGAACAGGCUGACACAAUGGCUUUACAUUGGGGGAAAAUAGUUAAGUAUGCAACACAUCAGAGAGACCAAAAUUCAUCAUCGGAGGUUGCAGUCAAAACUAUAUUUUCUUUGUUGCUACCAACAACACAUUUCAUGCUAUUUUUACUGUGAGCUAACUGCAUGAGUUGAAUCACAGGUGUUUUUAGCACACCCUUGGUUCAAACUUUUCCAUGAAAUAACACGUCUGUGUUUUGUUUCUGGCUUGUCCCUCCUGCAGUCAGGUGGUUAAAAAAUCAGCAGAUGUAGGUUUAGGUGGGAAAGUGCUUAAAAAUCUGGUGAUGAAACCCAAAAUUAAGGCCAUGGUGGAAAGAUUUUUUUUUUUUCCCACUAGCCAGUUGUUCUUUGUCUUGGAGCCUAAGAAAAAUACCAACAUUUUAUGAGUACACAGUGUGAGAGAGAGAGAGAGAUGUGAAGGAGAUAAAGAAAGUCGUUUAUGUUACACUAAUGUCUCACAGAGUUAGUCAGUAUUAGUCAGUAACUAGUUUAGUGAUAAGCCCAUUCUGUACCCACUGAAUCCCUUUACAGCCUGUGUUGUUGUUGGAUAAAGAAAGAUCCUAGCUGCUUGUGGCAGCCUGUGUGUACAGUAAGUAAGGUUUGAAAGGUUGCACUUGAAAGAUAAGUGUGUAGCCUUUUGCUUAGAGCAACUUUAAUUAUAUUCCUGGAGGUUAUGGUGUCUUAUAUCUUACAAGACCAUCCGCAUCACUCGGGGCAGAUGACAGUGAGUGUGUGUGUCAGCAGGUAUGGGUGUUUUGGUACAAAGUGGACUCUAGUUAGUGAAUUUUAAUGUGCGCACUGCUGAAGCAGCAGAUUGUCCUGUCACAUGUCCUGCCAUAGAAGCCUGACGCUCCUCCUGAUGGCGUCACAAUCGGAAAACAGUGUCUGUCCUACUGUGAUCAUAAAACAGUUUGAACUGCAGUUAAAAGAACAUGUGACAACAAUAUGUCAUCUUUUUAGUUUCUGGGAAGGGUAGUCUUAGUGUCUGGUGCAUUCUUGUAAAAGUUGAUUUACAGCGUAGUGUACAGAGUGAAGGAGAGCAGAGGUGUGAUAUUUGGACUGGAGAGAAAGAUAAAGAUUCCCUUUGUUAUAAGAAGAUCAGGUAAUCAUUAAACACUUUAGUACAAAUACACAUUGGUUUAUUAAGUCUUAUUGCUCCAUCUUGGAAUUAGGUUUGUUUUUACCUCCCUUGAUGAAAUCAUCUUUAUUACAGGCCAGACUGAAGUGAAAAUCGUAAACAAGCAUUUUGAUGGAAUAUUCUCAGGCCUGUAGCGCUUCAAACAAGGUUUUUCUUUAAGCUACAGUUUUCUUUAUUUGCUGUUCACUGCCUUUUCCUUAUUUUGCCAUUUAAUGAUAGUUUUAAUGAGAAGUGAGACCUAUGGCUGUAGGAAAGCCCUGGACGCAUGUUACUGACUCCACCUGCUCCUACAUCUGUAUGUUGGACUUUCAGGGGAUCCAAGUCAUGAGUUCAGUUGUUUCCAGAGCAAUUCUUUCACCCUUACGUCAUUUUACCAGGUUUUAUUGACUCAUUCCUUUUGGUUACAUCAGCUGAGGGGAAAUAAAGUCAAUAAUCCUGAGAGAAUGGAUCUUUUUGAGCCUUUAUCCUUGACCAACCAGACUGUUUCUAAACUGAGUUUCUCCUCUGUAAAGAAUAAGAUUAUUUCACACAUCAACAACUGCUACACUCAAAUAUGCUUACCCUGUGAAAAGCUUCAGCGGAGUCAUUAGUUUUUUUUAAAUGUGUCACUCAGGCUUUGACAUGUAGAGAGGAGGAAGUAAGCAGAGACAUUAUUUACAUAUUAUCAUGUGUUGAACAAAAAUCAACAUUUCCUGUACGUAUGAAAGAACUAAAAAGAAAAAACUAAAAUAAAUGAUAAUCAUAAACUAAAAACUAUAAUAUUGAUCACGCUGUUGAUUUAGAAAAGGCUGUUAGAAAGUCAGAGGGCAGGUUGGCAUGCAGGGGGGUAUACCAUUUGUAUAGUCUGCCCUCUAGUGGAGAAUAUAUAAACUGCCCCUAAAUGGAAGGUAUCUAUUUCCCUGUAUUUCUGAACAAAACACAUUAUGCAUGACUUUUACGAGAGCAGUCUCUCAAAAAAGGUGGAGAAAAGUCCUCAAAAACUUGAGGUUUUUUUUCUGCUUGUUGUAGUUUAGAUAACUUUAAAUUAAAGUUAACCUCUCCCAAUCUUUAGUGGAACUAUCAGUCCCUGAAUGUUAAUUGCCAGCCAGGAAACACAUGUAAUGAGAGUUUUUAAAGAAAACUGUGUCUUUCAGGCGAGAAUCUCUCUGAGAAAGUUAAACAACCUGAACAUUAUUACUCUGUCAGCCGCUCCACCUUUUCAGCAGCCGCUGUGUGAUCAGGUCACGGCUGACAGAGCUCACUGAAGUCUAAUGGUGUAUUGAUGGCACCGCAAUGUAGAGGCUGUGGGAAAAAAUGGACAGAAGACAGCUUGUUUACGAAGAGAACAUAAAGUCAUUACUGCUUUACAACCAAAUGUGAAAGGCACACCUGCUGGAUGAGGGUUUUAUUGUAGACUAGAUCAUGUAUUGAACCAAAGCAGUCCCUCUGAAUGUCUGAGAGAAGAUUCCCUCUGCAUCAGUCAGUUGUUUUUCAAUCAGCACUCCCACAUUUUCUGAAUUAUGCAUUCAAUUUGAAAUGUGAACUCAGACAAAAAAUUCUCCUCGGAGAGUAAGUUUCUCCAAAAGUUUAUAGUUGGUGUAAAAGUUGAAUAAGAAAUACACGUUUGUUUGCUGCUAAGAGCUUUAAAACAAUGUAAUUGUUAUAUUUAGUACAUAAGAAGGAUGGAUGAUGCUUUUUACUCUCACAGGAACUCAACCAAAAUAUUAAAUUAGGACGUGUGUUUUGCAAGCAUAGUUUUUAACAUGCGGAUUAUGUGCAAACUACGCUCUGUACUUCAAUAAAAACUUUGCGGUUUAAAAGAAUGUAAUGUAAAAUGGUUUUGUCCUCAAUUACCCCGGGUUGUAAUAAUUUCAACUUCAAGGACCAAGCUGUUCUUUUUGACUUUGCCCACCCUGACACUGAAGUCACUCUCAGUCUGGCGGCCAUCCACGAGCUGGAGUUAUAAGCUUGGUGUGAUGUCUGGUUCGGUGUGGGAAAUGCGACACCUUCAGUGCAUUAAAACACAGGUGAGAACUGGCAGCUACCUUUAUAAAAGACUCCCUCCAUCACACUCACACAGCACUGACAGCAAGGUUACCAUUUGGAACCUUGUACCAAACCAGACAAAGAUUUUUCAGAUUUUUUUUUUUACUAACUUCUGCUGUAACUUUUUCAAUCAGAUUUUGGAAUUAAUUGCCCCCUUCUCCUUUCCAAGACUCCCCUUGUUAAUUUGCAGGAAUGGCUCCCCUGAACAGCCUGGUCUUUUUCUCUUUUUGGACUCUGGCUCUCACGUUUCCUCACAGUGCUUUUGAGGACAUUGUGAAAAGGUCAAGAAUGGAUUUGGAAUCAUCAGGCGGAGGACAAGACGAACCUGUCCGAGGAAUAGUGAAGGUGGUGCAGCUGGAUCCUCGGUCCUUGGCCCGGACCGGCUUCUUCAAACAGGGAUUGACACCCAGAAGAGCCCCCUCUCUCAGCUCAAGACUGUCAUUCCCUGCUUUCUUAGCCAACGGGCGUCCAGGUCCAGCCUUAUCCGCCAGGGUCCCAGUGAGUCCUCUGCAUCACCUAAACCCCAAAAAUGAGGUCGAGCUCAAGAAGAGACAAGGCCUGCAGAUGUGGCAGAGAGCCAUAAAUAAAGGAGAAAAGAUGCACCUGCCAGUCAACCUGAAGGACACCAAACAGACAUGCACUGCAGUACCUUUCACUCAGGUAAGAGGCAGUCUGUGCAACACAUAAGUAAGAGCAUUAAAGCUCCAGUGAGGCAUUUUUAGCAGGUUAUGAAACUGUCUGCAACUAGUAAUGCAAAGAAUAUUAGCAGAAAGACUGAUUUUAUCCAGAAUUUUCUGGGGGUGUAGGUCCUAGACCAUGCAGCCCUCAGAGGUAAAUUUGUAGAAACAAUAUUGCUGUGAUUUUUUUUUGCUAAUCUUGACUCUGUUUUUGUUUCUCCUAGCACGUGACAGCAGAGGGAUGCAGUACAGUUAUUGUGCACAACAAACUGUGCUUUGGCCAGUGCAGCUCCCUGUUUAUCCCUUCUGAAGGGGAGCUUACAGAGCUGGGUGCUACCGGGACACGGUCACUUCACCACCGGGCCCCCUGCUCUCGCUGCGCCCCGUCCAAAUCUCGCACUGUGACUGUCCCGUUACGCUGCGGUGCCCAGGUCAGGGAGCGGCGGCUGGUGGUGGUGGAGGAGUGCAAGUGUGAGACGGGCCGAGAAGAGAGGAGCGCUGAGGCUGCAGCUUUGACUCACUUUUAA